GCCUACCCGCGGCGGAUGGACACGUCGACGGAUGGCCGAAAUUCCGGUUUAAAGUCGAACUGUCACGCCACCCGCGGAAAUGUUGCCAAGCUCUCUUCACAACCCAGCUGCCGUCCCCGAAACCUCGGCCAAGUCGAAAGGUCAAUUUUCAGGUUCGACGGUGCGGUAAAUUUGCUCGAAAUGAUGUUGUCCCGAUCCAGGAACGUCCUGCAGACCAAGCAGUUCUCGUCCCUUCUGAAGCGGCUUGAGAGCACCCUGGUCAUCGCAGAGCACAACAACGAGAAAUUGACCCCGAUCACCCUGAACGCCUUGACUGCAGCCAAGCAGAUCGGAGGAGACAUCUCUGUCCUCGUCGCUGGAACCAAAUGUGCAGCUGUCGCGGAAGAGGCGUGCAAAGCUGCCGGCGUGGGCAAAGUUUUGGUGGCUGAAGACCAGGCGUUCCACGGCUUCACCCCCGAGACCCUGACCCCCCUGAUUUUGGCCACCCAAAAGCAGUUCAACUUCACGCACAUUUUGGCCGGGGCCACCGCCUUUGGCAAAGCUCUCUUGCCGCGGGUUGCUGCUAAAUUGGACGUCUCGCCUGUGUCCGACAUCAUCGCCAUCAAAUCAGCAGACACUUUCGUCAGGACUAUUUACGCUGGAAAUGCCGUGCUGACCCUGAAAUCCAAGGACGCUGUCAAGGUGGUCAGCAUCCGAGGUACCAACUUUGAGGCUGCACCUGCGACUGGAGGAAGUGGAAAGAGCGAGGCUGUUGCCGCCGCCGACUACAAGACCGACAAAAUCGAGUUUGUCAGCCAAGAACUGAGCAAGAGCGAUCGACCUGAUCUCUCCAGUGCCAAGGCAGUCGUCAGCGGAGGCCGAGGAAUGAAGUCAGGCGAUAACUUCAAGAUGCUCUAUGAUCUUGCCGACAAGCUGAACGCUGCCGUUGGUGCCUCCCGUGCCGCUGUUGAUGCAGGAUUCGUGCCAAACGACCUUCAGGUUGGACAGACUGGCAAGAUUGUUGCACCUGAUCUGUACAUUGCCGUUGGUAUUUCUGGAGCCAUCCAGCAUUUGGCUGGCAUGAAGGACUCAAAGACCAUUGUUGCAAUCAACAAGGACCCUGAGGCGCCUAUUUUCCAGGUCGCUGACUUCGGUUUGGUUGCUGACCUUUUCAAGGCAGUGCCUGAGCUUACUCAGAAACUUUAAUUUUGGGUAAUUAUUCAUACUUGAAUAUUUGUUAUUGUUUAUUGACUCUGAAUCGUGUAAAGGAUUUGGCAAGAAAUAAAUAAAUAUAUUUUUGUUUAGCUCAUAAAAAA